AUUUUAUUAAAUUUGCUGAUAUUUUGGCAGCGUUGGUAAUACUCACUGCUGCUCAAAGCCCGCGACGAAUAACUUCCAAAGGUGAUUAGAGUCGGUUUUUGCAUUUCGUCCUCUGCCCCUGAACCCCUGAGCAGCUCGUGACCGAUAAGCCGUUUGUGCACAUCCUACCGGGACUUGCAAAGUACAAGCCAACUCUCGACAGCUUGACCGGCGUUCUACGCGGUAGUUGCCUAAGCCUUUACUACGGGUGGUCACAACCAUGUCGGCGUCACUAGCGCUUCUGCCGGCCAAGGUUUCGCCCGUGUCGGUACUCGUCAAGACCCAGCUGCGGACCAAGCCCACGCCGCCGCCGCCGUCAACGUCGCUCGCUGGCAAGGCGGCCAUCGUGACGGGCAGCACCGCCGGCCUGGGCCGGGAGGCCAGCGAACAGCUACUUGCGCUCGGUUUGUCGCGCCUCAUCAUGGGCGUCCGUGACGGCGCGAAGGGCGAGCGCGUGGCCGCCGAGCUGCGGGCCAAGUUCCCCGGCGCGCGGGUCGACGUGUGGACCGUGGAGCAGGAAUCCUACGACUCGGUCCGCGCUUUUGCCGCGCGCUGCGCCAACGAGGUCGACCGCCUGGACGUGGCCGUCCUAAACGCUGCGUUUGCGACCCCUGAGUGGGUUGUUACCGAGAAUGGACACGAGGCCAUGCUACAGGUCAACUACCUAUCGACGGCGCUGCUGGCCUUCCUGCUGCUCCCCGUACUCAAAGCCAGCGGCGUGAAGCACGGCAGCGGGCCGGGCCGUCUCACCAUCGUCGGUUCCAACCUCUCGCUCACCGAGCCCUUCCCCCCCACCGACAAGGACCCGAUCCUCCCUUGGCUCGACGACCCGAGCAACGCCAAGGCAUGGGGGGUCCUGGCCGCACAGCACCGUCAGGUCACGGCCAAGAUCUUCGGGCUGAUGCUGACGCAGAAGCUGGGCGAGCUGGUGGAUCCGGACCUGGUCAUCGUCAACACGGUCGAUCCGGGCAUGGUCAAGGGCACCGAUAUAGGCCGGCAACUACCCUUGGUGGCCAAGGCCUUCGUGUGGGUGAUCUUCACGCUGCUGGCGCGGACGCUGGAACAGGGCGCGUGGACCUAUCUCGACGCUGCGGUCGUCAAGGGUAGGGAGAGCCAUGGGGGUUUCCUGGUCAACUGGGAGGUGCACUCGUUCCACCCGGACAUGUACACGCCCGAGGGCCGGGCCACGACCGAGCGCGUCUGGCACGAGACGCUGCGCGACCUGAACUUUGCCGACGUCCUGGGCGCGCUGGCUUCGGUGCGUCGGGCGCCGAGUAAGAGCGCGUAGUAGCGUGCCGGUUGGCACUCGGUAGGUAGCGAAUGGGUAAUGGGAUGGUGAAGUUGACCGGGUUAAGGUCUUUUGUGACUACCUAGGUAUCUAAGCA